AUGGCCACUACCGCAACUAAUUCUGCACCUAUGGAAAAUUCCAUGCGUAAACCUGUUCCCGCAGAACUAAUUGGUAAAUUGGUUUUUAUUAGUUCUGUCCUAGUAGCUAGUAAAUAUGUUGAUGAUGCUCCAAUUACCGCUAGAAAAAUGUUUGAAUCUGUUGGAAAAGAUAUUUGGUCAAUCAAAGACAUAAUAAGAAUG